CGGCGCGAUGGUGCCCGGGCGGCGGCCGCGGCACUGAGGGGGGGCCGCCGCCAUCGCCAUGGGCUGCGGGGGCAGCAGGGCCGACGCCAUCGAGCCCCGCUACUACGAGAGCUGGACGCGGGAGACCGAGUCCACCUGGCUGACCAACACGGACUCGGAGAGCCCGCCGCAGGAGGGCGGCAGCGCCGAGGCCGGCGGCCGGGAGCCGGGCGCCCCGCGCCCCGGUGUUCUGGAGGAUGGAAAAUCAGCUCACACAGGUGUAACUACAGCACCAGCCACAGCUGCAACACUGAAUACCGAGAAGAGGAACAGUGGCCCUCAGUGUGUGAACCCCAUGGUCCAUGGUGUGGGAGCUAUGGCACAGAGACAGAACGGCUUCAGAGCAGCAGAGAGUAAAUGGGAUGCACAGAAAAUGUCCACAAAAGAAGUCACCAUUAAUGUUACAAAAAGCAUCAGACAAAGCGACAGAAGAAAAACGAAGAAUUGUGUCAAUUAACGAAGCAAAGCACAAGUGAGGGUGGACCUAACAGUGCUUCGCUGCACUUUAAAUGUUAUCGGUCACUGAAGAUAUGAAGAUCUCCAGAUGUUCCAUGUUGAAUACAGCGAGCAGCUGCUGCUGAGUGCCUUCAGAAACAUGUCUUGUAGAAACUAGCAGCCUACACUGUAGGCUGUUCAGAUGUCGUUUGCAUAAAGCAGUAGCACUGCGCAGAGAUACGCCAAAAUUCGUGCCAUUUGGGUUUUACUAAGUCCUAUGUUGUCUCCUGGUGUAUGUCUUGUUCUGCAUUGCUAUUAGACUGAGGCCAGACAACGGCAGGUACAGUUCAUCGUAAUAUAAAACAGGAAAUGAAAAAAUGAAUCUGCAUUUUCAGUCACAAGGGGUUUCGAGUGUGUACAUUCAAACCCAUGGAGUUUAUUUAAAGAGCUCACUUUCCUAAAACUCAAACCCAGAGAUCUCAGAAAGAGACACAUAGGUGGCUUCCAUUAAAUGCCUUCUAAACUAUAUAUAUCAGUUAUAUAUAGUCAAGUCAUAUAGUAACCUUUUUAUAUAGUAAUAUUUUAAUUAUGUAGUUUUAAUUUCUUUUCUCUAUUGACAGAAUUUAGGUCUUAAAAGCAGUAACUUUCAUGUUGAUCAGCCCUACUUGAAAUUCCUAGUCUUAGCUGGCAGGUAGGGUUCUGGCUACUUUGUUAUUUCCUACAUGCCCCUUUAAUUAUGCUGAGGCCCAGACUGGAAAAAAGGUGGAUCACUUUGAAAAAAGUAAUCACUAACAUUACAUGAAAAUAACCAUAGUUCUUAAAACAAUAUUCCAAUGACAGCUCCAAAAAUUGACUUUAUUUGAUCAGAUAUAGUUGAUUUGCUGUGUAGAACUUAUUUAAUUGCACUGUAAGCAUCCCGUAUCACGGUACUCCAUGUUUAUCAUAAAUAUACAGCUAAAAGGAAUAUAAGUUUUCAGUGUGAUAAAGACCAGUAAUUAAUUUAACAUACUACUUCUUAAUAUAGAAGUAAAAAUAUAUAUUCUUUGUGAGUUUGUACAUUUAUGAAGAUAAAAGAGGUAAAUUUAUUUGCCUCCCCCAUCCGACAUACAUGAGUAUCCUUAGAGGGCCAUUUAAAAUAACUGUUCAAAAGUUGCUCAUAACAAGCAGAUGGCAUUGGGAAGAAAAUCCAUGUAUGGACUGCAAGGAGUCCUUUUGGGGACUUUCUGAGACUAGACGUAGGCAAAUAAGUAUUAAAAGAAUUGUGGGACUGAAUCAGAAUUUAUUCCAUAUUAGGAUCAUUUUAAUAACUUCCUGCUAGGUGUGUGAGUACUUAAUACUUUCCUUGGAGUACAACAACUCUAUGCAGUAGGGAACUGUUUAUAAAUUAUUCCGACACAGAGGCAAACUGAAAUCCAGAGUCAGUGCGAGAUUUCUGCAUACAAUAGCAUAUGUAUAAGAAAUAUUUAUUUUUAGAUGUCUUAAAAAGGGGCAAAAAACCUGUGCUAAGCUGUCUGCAGGUCAGCGCGUUAUCUGGUAAGUGACCUUGUGCUGCACAUUUAUGUAGAAGAACAAAAAGAUAUUGAAAACAGUGUUGUACAGGUAAGACAACAGCAGUCUGCAUAUAUCCUUCCAACUUGUGGCUCUCUGCCAACUUGCUGGCAACAUGAUAGGACAGGAAGGGACUUCACUCGUUCUAACAAUAAGCAGUGGCUGUAGCAGCUCAGCAAUAUUAUUUUAGACAUUGAUAGCCAUUGCUGGUGGCAGGGUACCAACCUAACUGAAUGCACGCAUUCAGGAUUCUGCAUUAUUUGUGUAGAGCAGAAGGUGAACCAUUUCAAAUCUGUGCCAGACUUGUAACCCACUUCUGUUUCAAAGGAUUUACUGGCAGAGAGUAUCUGAUACAGGAAAGCUACAGAAAGCGAUUAAUGAUGCUGGUGUGCGAAAGGGUAAAGGGGAUUCUGAAGGAAGGCAAAAGGGAAGGUUCACUGUGUAAGAAGCUGUUCAACAGAUGGUUGCCUUGGGUGGAUACCAUGCUACUGUGAGUAGAUACAAGAACAAAAGAGUCCUGGCAGUGAGGUUAUUUACUAGCUAAGAAAUUAUUUUGUGAUGAUAUGCUGACCAGAUGCAUCUGAUGGCUUGGGUCGCACAACAGAAGCAAGCCUGCAACGCUGCAUAGAGCAUCAGUAUGAGAAACAGCCCUAGCUGCAUGUCAGCAGUCAGCUGGGAGGCAGCUUUUGAGUCUUGUAGUCAGAAAGUGAGAUGUGGCAGGAUAGUUAGCAGGAGAUGGCCUUGGUACAUAAUUAUCUGGGCAAUACUACAGACCUUGCUUAUGUCGGCCACAUCCCCCAUCAGCUGUGGAGUGGUGAAAGCUGACUGCCUUGGACGACCCUCUGUCUGUUCAUGAUAACUUUCCUGACCUACUUCAAUAUCCCAUAAACCUCUUCAUAUCCUGAAACUUAACUUUAGGGCAUUCAAAGACUGGAUCCAACUUCUGUAGUACAAACCAUGUCUAGUUACAAGAAACUUGAUAAAUUCUCCUCAUGUUCUCUUCUCAUGUUCAUAUAAACAUGCUCAUGUUUAUAAACUUCUCAUUAUUGUUCUUACUCAUUAGGUGAUAACUGAAAAGAAAUUACAUUAUGUCUUAGGUGGCUGCUUAGUUCUUGACACAUAAGCUUCCAAUGACAUUUAUGAAACCAAGAGUGUGCUGUGGAGAUGUGGAUCCUGCCUCUUUAUAUGGGUAGGGUUAUAUUUAUGUUUUCCUUACUUUCCUUCUACUAGAGACAACCACCAGUAGAAACAACCAAUUUGUUUAUACAAUAGUGUAUGUAUCACUCUGUAUAAUUAAGGGUGACAGAAUCUAGUUUAUACUGCUUAAGACAAUUUAAAGUCCUAAAAAUAGAUUCCUGUGCUGGUUUUAGUGGAAGAAGCAAGCUCAAAGAAUCAUGUGGGCAUCUUCACUCCAGGUGGCCUUCCUAGGAGUGAAGAGUCUUAUUUACAGGGUCUGUUCUUCGAGUAGCAUCUCUCAAGUAUAAAGAGCUCAAAUACAGGAAAUAAAACCACCAUGUUAGAAGACAUACUUUUAGGUAGAGGACCUGUGGACAUCUCUGUCUUCUUAUAUGACAGGAUUUUUGAAAUGUGAUUUUCCCUCAGAAGAUAUUAUGCCACUUAAUUUGUUCGAUGUCCCUUGGCUGCACACAAGGAGUUCUACACUACGCUGAAACAACACUCUUUCUGUUGGAAUGCUUUGCCAACAUCUGGUGAGUGCUUAUGAUUUACCUGAGUUUAGGCUUUAAACAGAAACAAACUUAUUCUGUCAUGUUUCCAUAAUUCCAAUACAAUGUAUAGAUAGGAUUUUCCUCUGAUGUGUACAUACAUGUAAAAUACAUUUUCUUCCACUAUGUGAGAAAUGGAAUCACUCAAAAGAAAGCAGACACUGGAUAAAGAAGAGAGAGAAUAUACAGUUACCGAUAGACAUCAUUAGGCAAGUUCGUCUUCUCAAAGACUCAGUGCAAUUUUAUCUUUCAGUGUUCCUUCAUCAUGUCCCUUAUGCUUCCUUAACGUAUUUCACCAUUACUGUAGGACUGGAAGACACGCGAUUUUACUGUGUGAGAGAAAUUAUCUUGAACCGAAAAAACAGGAAAGUAUAAUUAUUGUGUAAGCAAUAUAUGAAUACUGGGCUAAACCUGCAUUCUUGUUAGCUGAAUGACUGAGAUCACAUACAAAACAGAAAACAGCUAUUUUUGAUCUUCCUACUAUAUUCAUAUACAUACAUGUUCAUACGAGCAUGUCUCUGUGUCCGAACAUUAUAAUGUCUUUAGUGCGUAAUUCUGUUCUGCAGUGCAGGCAAGUUUUUUUGUGAACGUUUUAUUUGCGUGUUUAAUUCUGACACCCAAGUGUAAAAUGUUUUAAUGUUUGAACUGAAAUCUGUUUUACAUGCCUUAUGAAAAGAAUGAGCUGUAUAAUUUCUGCACAGAAAUGGCAUUUGAAGAAGCAGGCUUAGUUUUAUUUGGAAAUAAUUAAUAACCUAUCUAAAUUCACACCAGACUAACAGGAGCAUUUUUGUACUCUCAUUUUAUCUGCAGUUAUUGAAGAUUGACCUUGAAUUUGAAAAUGAAAAUAAAGAAAAUUUUUAAAGUCUC